AUGGUCAAGUUCCUCCGCUAUCCGUACUGGUCACUCGCCUCUCUUUCCACUGUAAUACAGGCGGACAUCUUCGCAAUCAUCCAGCUGAUCAAGGACGCUAGCAGGGCGACCUCAGCUGCUUCUGUGAGGAUGGCAGCUUCGUUAUCGGCCUGCAGUCCGAGCAGAAAUGCAACAAGUCUGAAGUUGCAGUCGAGACUUCACAUCGCCAAAGGCAAGACAGAGGAUGCUCUCAGCUCAACGCAUCGUCACCUGGAUCGGACUUCCUACUGGCGGGCGGAGGAAUGUGAGCCAUUGAAAGCGGCUGCGAAACAGACAAAAGUCGACACCAUCUCCCUUCGUCUCGAGAUCGAUGCGCUCAAUGCAUAA